AUGUUCACUUCUCAUCCUCCGAUCUUCUCAAUUCUCUUCACCAUCACUAUCACUAUCGUUCUAAUCCCAACUCAUCCCGUCUCAGCCGCAUCUUCAUCAAAAUCAUCUCAACUUCCUAUCAUCGAUUGGUCAGCACUCGGGAACGUCGCUUUACUCGGUUCUUUCUCUGGUCUAUCAAUCUAUAACGCUUCAACUUCAAAUUCAACUUUCGAUCCUUCUCAUUCUACCAUCAUCUCAUUAGAUACUUCAUCUCAAUCUGAACCUCAACCUUUAAUCUCUCUCGGUACUACAAAUCAAGGUGGUUCGAUUCAUACCAUCUGUCAAUCAAACAAUAAACUUUACAUUGGUGGUUCUUUCAAUUCGAUCAACUCUGUCAAUCCUCUCUCUAAUAUUGCAGUCUAUGAUCCUAGCUCAAACUCUUUUGAAGGUCUUGCUCAAGGUCUUGAUGGUCCGGUUUAUACUAUCUCUUGUGAUAAUGAUCCUAAUCUGAUCUGGAUCGGUGGAUCUUUCAACUCGCCCGUCGGAGUCUCCGAUUCUUCAUUCGGUCCUAAUAUCAUCACCUGGUCGCCUUCAAGCUCUUCAUGGAAACCUGCUCCUUUCGUAGGUCUCAAUGGUCCUGUUUGGUCAAUUCAAGAAACCACAUCGAAAUCAGGUCGUAGUCUUAUCCUAGGUGGCUCAUUCUCUGUCCUCAUCGAUUCUCCAAAUGGCACAACCUCAAAAGCUUCGGUCUCUGCUCAACCUAGCUCAACUCUCGAUGGCUAUAACACGGCCAAGAAUAUCUUUUGUCCGCCUGGUAUUGAUGGACCUGGGAGCAGUUGGCUACUUGAUGGGGCUCAUAAUGACGGUCUCUUUACUGUCAAUCUUGGUCAGGCAGUUCAAGCUGGUGGAAUCAGGCUGGGCAACACUUUUGCUGAUGGAGGUGCUACUCACGAGUUCCAAAUCGUCUCUAUACCCGAUAAUACUGUUUUACAGCUCACAUUAAUAGACCCAAUCACCCAACAGUUAUCAACCUGUCAAACUAAUUGUACUCUGGCCAGAGAUGUUGCUAUACCAUACGAAGAUUUCUUAUUCCCCAAUGGGACUACUUUAACUGGAUUUCAAAUCGUGAUUAAAUCAAAAUAUGGAAAUGUGGCUGGCUUUCAUCUUAUUCAAUUACUUUCGACUGGCAACACUGCUUAUGCGGUCAGUCGUCUCAAUGGUGAUAGCAAUAAUCAAUGUACAAGUGGACUUGGUUCAAUGGGUGGCAACAGUUCUUCUUCAACUACGGGUACUUGGACUGAAGCGACCACUAAUGCUAAUCUUCCUGGUACAACCAAACCUGUCUUGAUGUCGGCUGUUCAGAGUGGCACAUCUCCCAAUAAUGGUCCUAGUCUCAGUUGGAAUGUUUUUGUAGCUCAAUCUGGAGUAUAUGACAUCUCAGUCUAUCUACCUGGUUGUCAAAACAUGGGCAAUUGUGAUAAGCGUACACAAGUUAAUGUGAUGGUUCAACCUCUCGGCGCAGGUAAUACAUCACCGACUAUUACUAAAGUUGAUCAGUCAAACCAGCAAGAUUCUUCUGUGGUCGUUUACAAUGGCACUCUAACAGCAACCGGUCAAGGUGGAGGCGUCAGGAUCACUAUGCGACUCGCUGAGACCGCCGGACGCGAUGUAGUGAUUGUAGCAGAUCAAGCCAUCUUACGAGCUCAUUCUUCUAACGGAAUCACCAGUGGUAUCCUUUCUCAUGGUCUAUUUGAGUUCGUCAUGGAAGGAGCUGGCGCGUUUGGUGAUGGGGCGGUCGCCUCUGCUGGACUUGAUGCAGCUUCAACUGCUAGUGCUCUCAAACUCACGACCACCACAGCUUUGGACACGCUCGGUACUCAAUUUGAUUCGAAUGUGACAGUCAAGAGUAUCGUAUUCAGUGAUCCAUCGACAGUCUUUGUGUCUGGAGAUUCGUUAAAUACCUCUUCGAGCUUUGGUACUGUCCUUCGUCCUAGCACGAGCUCGUCUGCUAUCAUUCCCAAUGGUGGAUUAAAUGGAAAUGUGGAUAGUUCGAUCAUCUUGGACGGGUAUCUCUAUGUUGCUGGUAACUUUACAUCAACAGUCGAUCGACAAGUUGUUGGACUGGAUGGGCUCGCUCGUUGGCAUUACAGUCAAGUUGGCACAUCUUGGGAACCACUUAGGGAUGGAUCUGGUUUGAUUGGUCAAAUUGUGAAAUUAACGGCACUCAACAAUAUGAUCUUUGCAAUCAGUUCAGGCGCAGGCACAACGCAGCAAUCCGGUCGAUCUAUGGCGGCUUAUGAUCCAGUGAAUUCGAGUUGGGCCGCAGGAUCGAAUGGAUUCCUUUUGGGAAAUUUGACAGCCAUGUUAGGAUCUGGUGCGACCAAGCUCUAUCUGGCUGGAAACAUUGCCGGAGCUGCGUCUUUCGCUGCUCCGGGUGGUGCUUUCCUUUCGACUAAUCCUCAGCUAGCCACCGUUACCCCAUUAGGGUUUCAAAUGAAUGACACAGCUACUAUCAACGAGACCGCAGUGUAUAAGACUAUGACGACUAAUCCUGAUAGUUUUCCGGUAUUAUCAAAACGUUGGGUGCUAGAGGAAGAACAGUCAGGCCUUAUGUUUGAUACUGGUAGAGAUACUGAAUUGGAGGAUAUGAUCUUUGGAACAUUAACAUCAGAAGAUCAAACCGUCAAUCCGUUCUCAAUCUUAUCAUUACCAAAAUCUUUUACUCGACGUCAGACAACUACAACAAGUCCAACUCAAUCUUCUACUCCUUCAUUUGCUCUUGCUUCAACACCAGGAGCUGCAAUCUUGGCUGGAUCGUUUUGGAAAGAUAAACAAGUCGUCCUUGGUGGAAGGUUUGUCAGUAGUGGUGCUUCACCGGUUUCAAAUGUAGGACUUUAUGAUCAAUCUACUGGAAGGCUAUCACCUUUGAAUGGAACGAGCAAACUGGUUGGUACAGUCCUUACGGUCAAAGUGAUCAAUGACACUGCAUGGAUCGGUGGAAGUUUCAUUUCACCUAGUGGGAAAACCGGAUUAGAUACAUAUGAUUUGAAAGCAGGUAGAUGGGUCAGUGAUCUGAUGCCUUCACCGCAACCUUAUCCUAACACGAAUGUGAGUGUACGAGUGGUGAUGAACAGACCUGGGAAUUGGAGAUCAGAUGUGAUUAUCGGAGGAAGUUUUGGAACGUUGGGUUCAUUACCAUGUCAAUCUAUUUGUCUUAGAUCGAGUGUUACCGGUCAAUGGCAGAGUUUAGGAAACGGAUUGAGAGGAGUGGUGAAUUCGAUUGAUUUCACGGGUAAAGAUCGUAAUCAAAUGAUUGUGGGAGGAUUUUUUAAUGCGGGAAGAAACUCGAUUUCAAAAGUGGUCAGAUGGGAUUUUGAUUCGACUACGAUGGAAUGGAAUGAGAUUGGAAAUCAAGAUUCGAUACCUGGGAUCGUGAAGGCUUUAGUGACUGAUGGUACAUCACUUUCGACUUUGUUUGUAGCUGGUCAAGUUCAAUCUACUGGAUUCCCAUUCUUGAUGAGAUGGGAUGGAAACCAAUGGCGAAAUAUAAUUGAGAAUGGAGGAUUGUUGAAUGGAUCGCUGAUUGAACAAUUAUCAUUUGUACCACUUCAAUCGAUUAAUGGACCGAAGAGUAAUGUGAUGAAUGGGAUUGAAAAUGAUAGGAUGUUGAUGGUUUCGGGAUCAUUGGUUUUGGAAAACCAAGCUAAUAAGAUUAGUGUGGCACUUUGGGAUGGAACGAAUUGGUUUCCUUAUUUUGUUACGGUUGAUGAGACUGGUACGAGUGGUGUGGUUUCUAAGAUGGUCUCUGUGGCUGAUAGUUUUAUUAGUUCUGCUCGAAGAUUCCUUUCGGUUGGAGUGAUCAUUGCAAUCUCCAUGGCAAUUUCAUUAGGAAUCGUCUUUUUUGGAGUACUGAUUGGAUUAUUGAUUGCCUUGAAGAUGAGAUCAAAAGAAUCGGCUCAUGUGAAUCAAGCGGGAAAUUAUUCGAUUGAAGAUGAAGAUGAAUUAGAAGAAGAAGAAGAAAGAGGUCGACCUAGUUCAUUACUUGCGACGAUUGAUGCAGCUACUGCAGCUAUGACGGAUCGAAUGAGAAACUUACAAGAAAAAGAAAAACCAACGGGAUUGGGUGUGAUGGUCAUGAAGGGUGCUGGUGAGACGAAUGGGAAUAAGAGAUUGAUGGAAGAUGUUUCACCUGUUGUGAGUGAUUCUAAUGAACGACAAAGAGAACGUGAUUCGAUGGUUGGACAGAAUCAGAUGACUAUGGUAGAGAUUAAUGAUGAUGAUGAUGAAGAUGAUCAUCAUCAAGAUCUUAGAGAUCGGGUGGAUGAUCAAGCUCAGUUUAGUGAAGGUGAAGGUGAUGGUGGUGGAGGUGAGGGUGAUGAUGGUAUUGAUGAAGAAAUCGAUAUUAGAAGAGCUCGUUGGUCAUUUGAUCCUCAAUUGCCGGGUGAAAUUGGAGUAGGAGCUGGUGAAUCUGUUGAAAUUAAAGAUCGAAGUAAUCCAGAUUGGUGGUUGGUAAGAAGAGCAGAUGGAGUUGAAGGUGUUAUACCAGCAGAUUGGUUUUUGUAA